AUUAUGUUUACUCAAAUACGACACAAUCGCCGCUUAUCUUUCUGAUAUAAGAGCAACUGUUCACAUCUCCAUGCAACACUCAGCUAGACCCUCACUAUCUGAAGGCAGUUAUGGCUCCCAACGACUUCAGCGGUCAGGUGGCGCUCGUCACAGGUGGUGGCAGCGGCAUCGGGCGCGCCACCUGCCUGAUGCUGGCCCGAGACGGCGCACGUGUGGUGGUGACAGACAUCAACCUCGAAGCAGCACGUGAGACACUCAGCCUGAUGCCCAACAACGAUGACCACUUGGCGCUGGAGAUGGAUGUGACGCAGCAGAGUGCCGCGGAGGGAGUCAUUGCGGCCGCCCGGGAAAGGUUCGGAGAGCCACCCAGCCUGCUGGUGAACAACGCAGGCAUCGCACGAGGCUCCCUUUGUCAUUUGAUGGAGGAAAAAGACUUCGACAUUGUUGUUAACGUCAAUCUGAAGGGAACUUUCCUGGUAACUCAGGCCUUCGUCAGGGAGCUGCUGAAGGAUUCAGACUCCGGCAAGCGUACCGGUGCCAUUGUUAACAUGUCGAGCAUCGACGGCAAAUCUGGUCAUGAAAAUCACUGCCAGUACUCGGCCACCAAGGGCGGCGUGGUAUCCUUGACCAAGUCGUGUGCCGCUGAACUGGCAAAGACCGGUAUAAGAGUGAAUUGUGUCCUGCCCGGUGCCAUCGAUACCCGCAUGACGGCCGCAGUGAACCCUGAAAUGAGGAAGCGACAGCACGAAAGGACUCCCAUUGGGCGUAUUGGGCGGCCAGAGGAAGUGGCGGAGGUAAUAGUAUUCCUACUGUCGUGGCGAAGCAGCUACAUGGUGGGCGCCUGCGUGGAGGUCACUGGGGGACUGCACAUGUGAGGCGACGGCAGGAAGUACAUUUGGAGAGAAAUUGAGGCAGUCUCGCUUCCUCAUCGAAGACCACCUCUGCCUACAUACACCUGAUGGAAAAGCUUCAAGAGAGACAUUAUCCCUUGUGUGUGUGUGCGUGUGUGUGCGCGCAAACGAGUGUGGAUGGUAUUUUUAUUUCCCUUCUCUGUUUCCUUUUGUAUUGCCUCUAGGCCCAUUUGCGUAAAUAUACAAUGAUGCAAACA